AUGUCCUCUACCGUGUACUACGACAAUUAUCAUACCUCCUCUUGGGGACCUGCUCCUUCGUAUACCACCACAGAACGACAGCAUAAAUACCUCAUCGACUAUGAUGAGAAAUCUCAUGGAUCCAGUCGGCCAUCUCGAUCUGUAGGUAUCCUGAAAGCAAUUCGCUCGCGUCUUUGUCGAGUGUUUGGUUCCCGUCGACUCGGAAACCAUAAGAACAGCAGUGUUGACAGUCUUGCAUAUGCUAAAAGUGACGAUGAUUCGAAUCGAUUGAUGAAGAUAACAUGGCAUGGGGAAGGCCGUCCAAACGCCACACCCGCCACAAUCGGCGGUCCGCGAGGCGAGAGAGUCAAAAAGAGCAACAUUUAUCCCCGCGUAGCCCGGAUUCUACCCAAGCUUCAUGUCGGCUUUGGUAACAAUCCCGGUUUUCUUCCCUUCCUCCUUUGUGUUCCCUGCGGAUUCCCUGCCAUGCAAUUAAUUGCACUCGAAAGUGCAGAGACAUUUUGUAUUGAUACCUCCAACAACGUAGCGCAGAUCACCAUUUGUACUUUUAGCUUCCAGAAUACGGACCUGACAUUUGUUUUGCAUGUUCGGCUUGUCGGCGUUGCCCCUUAGAAGCCGCGGAAUUGCCCAAAAUUUCCGUGCCGUCUCCCAUGAAUCAUAAGCGAGGCUCUUGACCUGAAGUUUGAUAUUUAAGUUAUUUUUACCUGCAGGGUGCAGAUGACACAGCGAGGGUUGCAUCUUCCUCUUAGAAGAGCAUCGUA